AUGGCGGAAGAGCGAAUUCGAUCAAAAAUGAUGAAGAAUCAAUCAUCGAUGGAGUCAAGUAUAGGAUCAAGAAGGAAAGCAUCGAGACACGAGCAUUUAGCACUUCUCAUGCCACCACACGCAUUUCGCGAAUCAUUUAGGAAAUAUAAACGAAACGGUGAGAAAGGAAUAGGUUCAAAAACCAAGCAGGAAUGUUGAAAUCAUCCCCACCUACUUUUUGUUCUUUCAAAAUAUUAUAUAUCUAGUCGGCAAGUAAUCCGAUAUGAUAACGAGACAAGCACACAAGAGACAACAAAUCAUCACAUUUUUCAGUCAUUCUUGAAAAAAAAAACGUUCUUUCUAUAUACUUAUACUACAUAUAAGACUAUUUUGAAUUGUAAUUAGGGAAAAAAUGGUGGUUCAGCAAAGUUUGGGUCGACCAAUGUCGAAAAAAAGACAUGUUCGAACAGUGUCACCCGGUAUCUAGAAGCUAUCUCUGAACUUCUGAUCUCUAAUUUUUUGAAUUUUUCAGGUCUGCGUAAUAUUCGAAUGACUGGACAUUUGAAUUGGAAAGAGAUUCGUCAUAGAUUCGAGAGACAAUCCACAUUUCACGGAAUUUCACAUGCAGCCACAGCGCCGACAGCAAAAUGGCGAUGGUUUUGGUACACGGCAUUUACGAUAUGUCUGUUCGCACUGCUUAUUCAAAUUUUCUUCAUCAUAUCAAAAUAUCGACAGUAUGGUAAAACAGUAGAUCUAGAUUUGAAAUUCGAAAAUGCUCCAUUUCCAUCGAUAACAAUUUGCAAUCUAAAUCCAUACAAGCGAAGUGCAAUAGAAGGAAAUCCAAGUACACGAGCAAUGAUGGAAGCCUAUACAAGAAAAAUAGGGUCUGGUGAGAAAUUCGAAGGUGUUGCUCAAUCAUUAAUUGCGUCAAAUCUACGUAACCAAGGUUCGUUCAAAUGUUGCAAAAUCGAUUUUUCAUCUGUCUGAUCCAUGAGCUUUUUCUGAUAUCUCUCACAUUUUUUCAACAGAUGAGAGAGAAAUAUCAGAGAAACAAAAAACAACAUCCAAAAAAAAUCAUUGACUUUUUACAGUUCGACGAAGCAAACGAAAAACCGGAUCAAAACAUCGAUUACGAGAUCGAAGGUAUCAUCAAGCGUUUGCACAAUGUUUUUGUCCUUCUCAGUCUGUAUCGCGCGCUUCUCAUGGCUCAUGUCUAGCAAUUUCAAAAGGAAAGGUGGAAUUUUUCGCGAAUUCCUCAAAUAUCGGAUUGAGUCUUCAUUCUACACGAUGUCUAUGUCAAUUUGAUAUCACUUCUCGUACACUUUGGCCGUGUUUUCCUUGUAAGUAAAAUCUUCUAUAGAAGUUAUGACCAUUCAAAUUUUGAUUUUCAGAUUCCAGUUGGAAAGAGGAACUUUGCAAAGAAUGUGUUGAUAGUUCUGGUCAUUGUCCAAUGCGAUUUUACAGAGGAAAUGAAAAAAUUCGAUGACAUUAGAGACCAAGUCGAUUUGUGUCUCUGUCAUAAAGAUUAUAAUCAUUGUGUCUCGAGUCGUGACGAUGGUGUGAUUCUUGAAAUCGAUCCCGAGGAAGAUAUACAGAAUCUAGAUGUUGUUAAAAGAGUUGGUGCACAGCUGAGUGCUCGAGAACAGGCAAAAGCAACAACAACAACUACCGAAGCUCCAGAACUCACUGAAGCUUUAGGUUUGGAAGAGCUCACAGAUGAUAUUGCAAUCACAACUCAAGCGCAAGAAAACAUAAUGUUUGCCGUAAACGAGAUGCCAGAAAAAGCCAAAGAAAAAAUGUCAUAUGAUUUGGACGAGUUGAUCUUACAAUGCUCAUUUAAUCAAAAAGAUUGUCAAAUGGCUCGAGACUUUACACAACAUUACGAUAAUACCUUCGGUAAUUGUUACACUUUCAACUUUAAUCGAACAGCCGAAGUAGCAUCACAUCGAGCAGGAGCAAAUUAUGGUGAGAUUAUUUGAGUUUUUGAUUGAAAUUGUUAAAAUUUGAAUUACAGGUCUUCGAGUUUUACUCUACGCAAAUGUUAGCGAAUAUUUACCAACAACUGAAGCUAUUGGAUUUCGAAUAACUGUACAUGACAAAUUUGUAGUUCCUUUCCCAGAUGCUUUUGGAUAUUCCGCACCGACCGGGUUUAUGUCAUCAUUUGGUGUUCGAAUGAAACAAUUUAUUCGCUUGCAACCUCCUUAUGGCCAUUGUAGUCACGGAGGGGAAGAGUCUGAUCAUUUCGUUUAUACCGGUUUCAACUAUUCUGUCGAGGCGUGUCAUAGAAGUUGCGCACAAAAAAUUAUUAUUGAAAAAUGUUCGUGUGCCGAUCCAAUGUAUCCGAUUCCAGAAAAACAUUCUGAUAUAAAAGUUUGCGCCGCAGUGAACAUGACACAACGGGAGUGUUUGAGAAAUACGACGUUAUAUUUGGGAGAGCUCUAUUCGAAAGGAAAAGAUGUGAUUCCAGAUUGCUAUUGUCAUCAACCUUGCCAGUAAGUUUUGAAUAUUGGGAUUAUCUCUCUAACUUGAAUAGCAUCUAAAUAUUUCAGAGAGACAAACUAUGAAGUAACAUAUUCAUCAGCUCGAUGGCCGUCGGGCUCAGCAAAAGUUAUGGAAUGUACUCCAGGUGAUAAUUUUUGUUUGGAAAAUUAUCGAACUAACGCGGCUAUGGUUCAAAUUUUCUACGAAGAAUUGAAUUAUGAAACAAUGAUGGAGAGCCCGGCUUACACUUUGACAUCGGUGUUAGCCGAUCUUGGUGGUUUGACAGGUUUAUGGAUCGGUGCAUCGGUAGUAUCGCUUUUGGAAAUCGUUUCACUAAUUGUUUUCGCAACACAAGCCUAUGUGAGAAAACGAAAAGGGUGAGUUGUUUUUGUCAAUUUUUUAAAUCUGGGCGGGAAAACAAGCUGUGCUCACAAGAAAUGUAUCUCGUUCAGCUCAAUUUCCGCUCAAUCGCAUCACUCAAUUCCCGCGCAACAUAAAGCUUCUAGAAUUUCGCUGAACACUCUUCACAAGAGUAGUACAGCGCAAAGUGUGAAGUUGUCGGUGAUGGACAUUCGAUCAAUCAAAUCCAUUCAUUCGAAUCAUUCGUCCAAAUCGAAACAAUCGAUUUUGAUCGAAGAUUUGCCGCCGGCAAUUAUGGAACACGAUGACGAUGAUGAUGAUGAAGAAGAGGAAGAGGAAAGUAGUGAGGAGGGUUCAAGAACAGCGUCGUGUAGAUAUUUGGCACCUGGUGAAGAUCUUCCAUGUUUAUGCAAAUAUAAUAGCGAUGGUUCGAUUCGUGUUAUGAAAGCGUUAUGUCCAGUUCAUGGUUAUAUGGUUCGCCGAAAUUAUGAUUAUAGUUUAUCAAAUAGUGAAGAAGAAGAUGUCGAAGAUGAAAUCCAUCAAGAAGAACCUUUCUAUUCAGAACCUUAUGCACGAAAAAAGUGAGUUCUUCUGGGGAAAAAUCAAUAUCCCAUAAAUAACUUUUCAGAAGUUCCACAGUCCGUAGGCCUCGCACAAAAUCGCGUGGCGAAGUUUUAGACAUGGAAGCUCACAACGAUCCGGACAUUGACGGUGAGCCGUCUUGA